UUCUAUUAACCAAAUGUCUGAUUCUCUUCCCUUGACAAAUGAAUGCCAUGUUCAGUACACUGAAAUCUAGAUGAACCUUCCUCCCUUCAUGAAUACACAAGAUAUACAUAUAGACUUUAGAACAAAUAACCCAAAGUCUUUCAUAAGAUAUACACACAAGAUUUUCUGCACAGACAUGGCCAUGUUUGUGGAACUCAGCACCAAAGCCAAGAUGCCCAUUUUGGGCCUGGGCACCUGGAAGUCUCCCCCAAACAAAGUCAAAGAAGCUGUGAAGGUGGCCAUUGAUGCAGGAUAUCUCCACAUAGACUGUGCCUACGUCUAUCAGAACGAGAAUGAGGUGGGAGAAGCCAUCAGAGAGAAGAUCCAAGAGAAGGUAGUGAAGUGGGAGGACCUCUUUAUUGUGAGCAAGUUGUGGUGCACCUUCUUUGAAAGGAACCUUGUGAAGGAGGCCUGUCGGAAGACCCUCAAGGACCUGAAACUGGACUAUCUGGAUGUCUAUCUCAUUCACGGGCCCCAGGGAUUUCAGCCUGGGAAGAAUUUAUUCCCAAAAGAUGAUAAAGGCAACAACCUCAUCAGUAAAGCAACAUUCUUGGAUGCCUGGGAGGUCAUGGAGGAACUGGUGGAUGAGGGGUUGGUGAAAGCUCUUGGAGUCUCCAACUUCAACCACUUCCAGAUUGAAAGGAUCUUGAACAAACCUGGACUCAAAUAUAAACCAGUGACUAAUCAGAUCGAGUGUCACCCCUACCUUACCCAGGAAAAACUGAUCCAGUACUGCCACUCCAAGGGCAUCAUUGUCACUGCCUACAGCCCCCUGGGCUCUCCAGAUAGACCUUGGGCCAAACCAGAAGACCCUUUACUACUGGAGGAACCCAAGAUUAAGGAGAUUGCUGUGAGGCACAAAAAAUUCCCAGGCCAGGUCCUGAUCCGGUUCCAGAUCCAGAGGAAUGUGGUGGUGAUCCCCAAGUCUGUGACACCAGAACACAUCAUGGAGAACUUUCAGGUCUUUGACUUCAAAUUGAGUGAUGAGGAGAUGGCAACCAUUCUCAGCUUCAGUAGAAACUGGAGGAUCUGUAACCUGACUGACCAGGCUCAUUUGCCAGAUUACCCCUUCAAUGCCGAUUACUGAAGAUCCAUCUCCUCAGGAGACACUUGGUGGAUUCUUUCUCUUCGCUGAAGUGGAACUUGCUCUCUAGGGGUCUACCGUAGUCAAGUUUAGUGAAAUCAUACUGUGUCUGACCUUGUCAGAAUCAAGGCAAAGUUUAAAAAAAAAAAAUUGUCGGUUCAUUAUAAUUGUACAAAAUAUGAUUUGUUAUGCUCUAAUUGUACAAGCAUGCAACAUUAGUUGCUCAAUCCCCUUCCCAGAACCUUCCUUUCCUUCCCCUCCUCUGUUCCCCAAGGCAAAGUUUUAUUUAGAUCCAUAUGUUGAACCAGGAGAAGACUUAUCACUGAGUCAUACUUAUGGAAGUAUGACUCAGAUGAGCAAAUGACUAUUUCUUCCACUUGUUUGAUCUGAACGAAUGUUUGUUAAACAACCUGUCUCUGCUAACAUUGAGGAUGCACAAAUAAAAAGAAUAAAAAAAUGAAAGUGAAAAAAAAAAAGAUAUACACACAAAAUUAUAAUUAUAUAACCCAAAUUUUCUCAGGGGACAGUCUUCAGGGCUAAUCUCUAAAAACUAUAACCAGAUUAUCCAAUACUAAGUCUUGUGUUUGAUGAAUACAUAUCUCGGUGUCAUGAUUUGCAAAUUCAGUCAUUACACACUUUGUGGGAAACCAGCUC